UUGAUUUGAUGCUGUACCCAAGCUUGCCCGUGUCACCUCUCACAGUCACCCACCCCCAAUUAUCUCGACGAGUCUCUGAUGGCCGCUGCCGCCGCAAACCAAGCACAGCUCUUGUCGGACGCCCGCAGCCGCCAUUGUCCGUCGUCCACGCCCCAACCGACCCCUGCCGCGCCGUCUGGUGAUGAUGCAGCCUGUAGCGGCAGGCAACGCCAUCCCGCGGUAGAGCUCUCCCACGCUUGAUGCGCCAUCGAGGCCGAGUUGCUUAAUCCCGCACCCAAACGACGACGACUAUCAGGGCCGCGAUAACGACACCCCGGCCCAUCUGCUGCCUGCCCCGCCCUGCGAUGCUCGCCGAAGAUGAAGAUGCAGAAAAUGGUCUCGGAACUUGAGGCGGAGAUGGCCGAGUCGCAAAACGCCCGGGACAAGCGCAUGGAGGAGCUCUGGCGCAAGCUAGACCCCCAGGCCAAGGGCGAGCUGGACCUGAAGGGGCUGCAGAGAGGACUGAGGAGAAUAGACCACCCCAUGAAGAAUGCCGACGAUAUGCUCAAGGAGAUCGUCCGGACUGUCGAUACUAGUGGCGACGGCAAGAUCCAGUACGAAGAGUUCCGCGUGUUUGUCGAGGCCGCAGAGCGCGAGCUGCUCGUUCUUUUCCGUUCUAUCGACAGGGACAACAACGGAAGGCUGGACAAGGACGAGCUCCGCUCCGCCUUCCAAAAGUGUGGCCUGACCGUGUCGAGUCGCCGACUGACGGGCUUCUUCGACGAAAUUGACAUGAACAACGAUGGCUACAUAAGCUUUGAGGAAUGGCGUGACUUCCUGCUCUUCAUGCCCACGCAUAUAUACGACGGUGAUGGUGGCUCUGCCUUGGCCACGGCCUUGUCGUUUUAUUCGCACAUCGUCACGCUCAACGCCGAGGGCGACUCGCUGGUGAGCGAGGACACCCUCGAGGGCCUAGGUACGACAAGCUUCCUUCUGCACGCUCUGUUCGGUUCUAUUUUAAGGCUUGCCAAACCAUCACCGUCGGCUUCCGUGGAUCCACUGCGCGCCUCCCAACCUUCGUCCCUGUCUCCGGAAGGUCUCGCCAACAGCCCUCCAACCACAAAAUCCCCGCGACCUGCUGCGGCGCCCGGUGCAAAAACCAAGACCGGGACGCGCAGCACAUCUCCAUCUGCAUCUUCUCAAAAACCCGCGUUUUCGACAUCCUCGCAGGCGACGUCGCCAUCAGCAUCGCCUUCAGCAGUAGCCACCAUGACCUCCAUGGCUGCUGCUUCCGGGUCUGGCAACGGCGGCUUUCAACUCGAUGCUCGCCACGCGUCCGUAUCGCAAGCGCACGACCAGGCCGUCAAAGCUCUCCAGACACACUUCGCCGUCGGCCACGCCGGGAAUUCAGGAUCGCUCCAGGAGGGCGUGUCGGGGCCGAAAGAGUCAAAACUGACAGAUUACCUGCCCGAACCAGGCUACUUCGUUGCCGGGGCGAUCGCGGGUGGCGUCUCGCGAACUGCGACGGCACCGCUGGAUCGUCUGAAGGUCUACCUGCUUGUCAACACAAAGGCAAGCACGACGGUUGCCAUUUCGGCUGCCACGCACGGACAUCCGCUAGCGGCUGCCAAAACGGCAUCGAAACCCAUCACCUCUGCCGUGGCCAGCCUGUACAAGUCUGGUGGUCUGCGCACAUUCUUCGCUGGUAAUGGACUCAAUGUGGUCAAGAUCAUGCCCGAGACGGCCAUCAAAUUUGGCACUUAUGAGUUCGCCAAACGGACACUGGCAAAUCUCGAAGGCCACAAUGAUCCAACCAAGAUAAACCCCUAUUCCAAGUUUGUAGCUGGAGGUGUGGCCGGUAUGGUGGCCCAGUUCUCAGUCUACCCGCUGGACACACUCAAGUUCCGGCUGCAGUGCGAAACAGUGCAGGGCGGCCUGACGGGCAACGCGCUCCUGGCGCAGACGGCCAAGAGGAUGUACGCGACGGGCGGCAUCUCUGCGGCAUAUCGGGGAGUCACUAUGGGUCUCGUCGGCAUGUUCCCUUACAGCGCCAUCGACAUGGGCACGUUCGAGUUCCUCAAGACCAAGCUGAGGAAGUACAAGGCCAGGGCGUACGGCAUUCACGAAGACGACACCGAAGCGGGCUAUCUCGCUAUGGGCGUGAUUGGCGCCACCUCGGGUGCUAUUGGGGCCACGGUUGUGUACCCCUUGAACGUUCUGCGCACACGGCUGCAGACGCAAGGCACUGAGAUGCACCGGCCAACAUACACGGGCAUCUGGGACGUGACGACGACCACCAUCAAGAACGAGGGAGUGAGGGGGCUCUACAAGGGGUUGACCCCCAACCUCCUCAAGGUGGCGCCGGCCCUCAGCAUCACGUGGAUCGUGUAUGAGAGCUCAAAGAAGUUCAUGGGUCUCCAAUGAGCUUGUAUCGGAGGCAAGCUCGCGAACGGCAUUUCAAGACGAACACGAGUCCCCGAAAGGAUUGACAGGCAACGAGCCUGCCGAGAGGAACAUCAAGAACCAUGAUCUUGCCCCCAAGAAGGGGCAGCAACGCCAUGAUGACGAUUUGAUGGCUGCGCGAACCUUGUCGCAUGGUCGAGGCGUUUUGGGAAAGCGAAAUUUGUAAUGGGCGAGGGAUAGAAGACGAGCACAUCUCGUCACCCGGCGUUUUUUACUGUUUUUUUUUUUUUUUCACUCCUUCGGGUUCUUUUCCUCUUUCAUUUUUCUUUUUCUGAGAUUCGAUGCGGAAAAGGAUACCAACCGAACACGUUCGGGCCCUUUGUCUUGUUAUUUAUCUUCCUAGUAUCACUUGGGCUUUGACCGAUCCCAUUCUCUCUACCAAGCCUGCCCUCUUACUGCGGCCGCCUUGGAGGGAACGUCGGCACGAGGGAUUGAUAUCUGUUGUUUGACAGAAGGACCCGCCCCAUCCUGGUUGAAGCUGGGAGAUGCGGCACACACAGCGGGCAUGGUCAUGGAACUGAAGCUUUUUAGAUUACCUCAGUUCACGAAUGACUUGAUGCCGCCAUGCAUUUCAUUGGCAAAUCGUGUGGGAUGACAAGCAGCAAUGGAGCAGCUGUGUGUUUGAUAUAUUAGGCUCACCUGAAGCAAUAUAGCCCUGGAAGGCCAAGUAAGGACCUAGUUUCGACUUUUCGCUCGCCGUGUCCGCC